UUCUUUCUAGGUACAAGUUGAUUUUUUUAUCAACUGAACAAGUGCGUCCAAACAAAGUAACAGGUGUAUUUACUAGUUUAAAACAUUUCUCUUUAUUAGUAUCGUACGUAAUGUAAACAAGGCGGAAGAAGUUUGCGAAAAUGUAUUUCUUAGUUUCAUCAGAUUGAAUAAAACAUUUGUUAUUUACUUUAUAACAAAUACGUUGGAGAAGUGCUUUGAAGUUUGAAGUUUUACAAAUAAUUAUGCCACGAAAUUAUGAAGAGGACUCUGGACGCAGCUCAUGUUCGGCCGCAUCUAUCACGCUUAGCCCCGUAAUGGAUUAUCAUUUCAAACAGCCUCUGUCAUACAAAUCAGACGAUAUACAGCCUCAAGAUACCAACUUGGUAGUGAGUACAAAACCUAGAAGCUAUGUAAACCUUGUGCAAUCCCCGGAUGAAAGGGACCCAUUCCCUAGUUGUAGACUACCAAACAAACAAAGAAAACCUGUAUUAAACUUCUUUGACACUCCUCGAAUGGGUGGACUGAGCAAUGCUCAUUCAUCAUUAAACAUUGCUUGUAGUACGCAAAUAGAAACAUCCAGUACUCAAAAUGCUGUAUCUAUGAAUGCAUUACAUAAAGAGAAAUUGGUUAAAAGCAAGCAAUUCUCAAAUAGUAAUUUUAGAAGAACCAAACCAGUACAAAGAGCAGCAUCUCGCUUAUAUAAAGCUGAAACAUUAAAAGGGAAAGAUGAUUGUGUGGGACCAGAAUUCAUUGUUCGUGCUUCACAGCCUGCUAAAAGUAUAGACUUAACAAUUUCAGCAUUGUGCGAUAAGAAAGUAAUUACUGUUGUUCUAUUAAAUGGACAGAAGAUAGAUGUUUUAUGUGAUCCAAAUAAUGUAACUGUUGGUCAAAUAUUUGAAGCACUUGUUCACAGUGAAAAGUACGAACACAAUUUCAUGUUAGGUAUUGCUGUGCUUAUUGGAGGAGAUUUUGUAUUUUUACCAGAUGACUUUAAAAUUAAAAAGAUCGCACCGGAAAAUUGGCACAAGAACAUUAAUAAGAAACACAAAAAUACAGAUGAGCAUAUUUCUUUAACAGUCUUUUUAAGAAUUAAAUUUUUCUUGCCCAAAAAUAUUGCCAGUAACAUUCAAGGCGGAGAAUGGAGAUAUCGUGUAUACUUGCAAUUAAGGAGGGCAACAGUUGAAGGACAGAUGAUCUCAACCAUACAGAAUCUCAUUCUAUUAGCUGGUUAUGCAUUGCAUAUAGAGUUUGGUGAAUUUUCAUACAGAGAACACGGGACUGCAGACUAUUUUUUACUAGAACAUUAUUUACCAGAGUCUCUCAUCACAAAUGAUAUGGCUGAUAUUAAGUUACGAAUGAAAAGGGCUCAUGAAUCUCGAAGGGGCUUAGAGAGGAAUAGAGCAAUUGUAAAUUAUAUAACAUUAGCACAAACUUUCCGUGAUUAUGGUGCACACUUUUAUUCAGCAAUUUGGGCUACUAGAGAUGGUUUUUGUAGGGAUGUUUGGUUGUCAAUUGGACCCAGGGGAAUUACACUAUAUUCUAGGACCAGCCAAAUUCUCGAUUCAUCAAAUAGCAAUACAAAUCGUAUUGUGUUGCAAAGUUUACCUUGGCAUCAUAUUCACAAUUUUUACUACAAUAAGAAAAGCCUCUACAUUGUACCUAAUGCAUAUUCAGGAUUAUCUAAAAUCGGAAUUAAAUAUAAGUUAAAAAUGUCGGACAACAAAAGUUUUUUCAUAUUCUGGUUAGCGUCACUUCAUCAUAGAUUAUAUUUAAAACUUUACGCUAAGGAAGACUUUAUUAGUUAUUUAUCUAGUGAGUUAAGUUGUCCUUUCACAACCGAGAGCCCAAAGAAGUCAGAAGUGAGCAAUUACCAGGAUAGUUAUAACCUCGCUGUUAGAAAUCCCGUGAGGGUAAGACGUCCUGUUAGACGAAGAUUUAAAGUCGAUCUAUUUGGAGAUAAAAAGGCGCAAAACAAAGAAAAUGAAAAACCUAAUACUCAAGAGUUGUUGCGGCGGAUAUUAUCACCGCAAAAUAGCGAUGAUAGUAUUAUAAAUAGUCCACCUGGUCAUGGAAGUUCUUCUAAUGAUGGCUUAUCAUCAUCUGAAAGUAGCUUACCAAGAAGGCAUGGCGUUAAAAUGGGAACACGGGUUUUUAAUGGAAUGAAAUCAUCAGGGUUAAGUAACCAGUUAAGAUCGCCCCAAUAUAUGUACAUGCGUUCUGAAGGUGACCUAGUUGCAACACAGAGUGAUUCAGAUGACUUGAGCUCAGAACAAAAACAGCAUUGCAACGUAAAUAGCAUGAAACUAUUACCCGAAAGGGCUUAUAGCCAAAACAUGUCUCAAGCACCUACAGCUUAUGUACUGGAAUCACCAAAAGUAUAUUCAGAUGCAUUUAUUUAUAAUGAAGGAAAUGAAUCCUGUGUAAAUACAUCAAUUUUUGAGAAACUAGACAAUAUGGAAUGUGUCCAAGGUGAAAGAGUAUUUGUGACAACUGUUUUAGAAAGAGAUGAUAAUAAUGCUUUAGGGCUACAGGUUGCAGAAGGGUCUGAUGGAAAUGUGUAUAUUAAGUCCAUCACUCCUGAAAGUUCUGCAGAUUUAAAUAAAAAACUAUUGCCUGGAGAUCAAAUAAUAUCUGUUAACGGACAAACUUUACUAAAUUUAAAAUACGACAAGGCUUUGUCUAUGUUACAAUCAGCUCCCAAAGUAGUAGAAUUAAUAGUUCUUCAAAAUAUAUUAAAAACAACAGCUGCAGAACAUCAAGAUGUCAGAAGUGAUACAAGCAAAAGCAGAGAAAACAAAUUGAAAGAAAGUAUUGUGUCCUUAGAUACUGAGCUCACAGAUGAUGAACUUUUAAAUGAAGAAGCUUUAAAAACUAUUUAUGCACUUAUAAAGUUAACGAAAGAGAAAGUUGUGAAUAGAAUAAAAGAGAAAUCUAGCAGACAAAAUACACCUGUAAGAAGUAACUUGCAAAAAUGUUACUCUGAGAACAGAGUGUAUGAUGAAUCUGAUUUAGGUGAUCAAUCUUCACAAGAUAAUUCGCCUGCUAAGAAAAAUGACCAGAAAUUCAAUUCUUGGCGCGGGAAUAUAUCUAAUUCAAAGUAUAAGCGGCGACCGUUGAGUUUGAGCAUUCCGUCCGAUGUUCAUUUACCUGAUGACUAUUUAGAUGAUACUAGUGAUAUUUUAAAGAAAUCAUCUUUAAAAUCUAUACAAUCUUCGCUGAAUAGUGUAGAUAAAUCAGGUAAUAGCGGUUCUAUGAAAAAUGUUGCUUUGCCGCGUAAUUUUGGGUUAAGUAGAAAGUGGUUAGGUCCAGUUAAAUACCCAGUUACACCCUGUAAAAAUACAAAUACUGACAAUACAGCUGUCAUCGGUAGUGGUGAUGUUGUGCGGACUAGGCAUUUUAUUUACGGCACUGGCGAUUCAGAUGAAGAUCAAAUAUUUUUAUAGUAGCUACUAUAUAUUUUACAAGAAUGUAUAUAAUACGGUUAGUUUUAAAUGACAAAUAUUUAAGCAAUAAAU